GUAAUGCAAAACAAAGAAGAUUUAGCAAUUUGGUUAAAAAAUAUUGAUGAAUUUGGAUUUUGUUUUAUAGACAAUGUUCCCCCUACAAUUAAAGAAACAGAAGAGUUAGCAAAGAGGAUUUGUUUCAUUCGGGAAUCCCAUUAUGGAAAAUUUUGGGAUUUUACUGCUAAUAUGGAACAUGGAGAUACUGCUUAUACCACUUUAGCUCUAAAAGCUCAUACCGAUAACACAUAUUUCACAGAUCCAUCUGGGUAA